UCAUCGCCAUAGCAUCUCCAUCUCACAUCAAAUAACCUCCUAAUGCAAUCCUUCGAGCUUAGCCAAGAACAAGCUAAAGAAGUCACAGUAGAGGUCCAAGAUGAUCCUCCGUGGAUCAAGAGAGUGACAAAUGUUCUCAAUGGGUGUCAAGAAAAAACACAAGGCAAUUGGCCAUGUACUAUCUUCAAGGUGCCGGAGCUCAUCCGGCAGUGGGACAAUACGGGGGCGUAUGAUCCUUUUGUCGUUACCAUCGGCCCUUACCAUUACAAUAAAUCAGAAGAUAGAACAGUGCAGGUCAUGCAAGCUCACAAGUGGCACUGCAUGCGGCGCUUGCCCUCAAGGCACACCAAGAGUAGGUGCAAAGCUACCGAUUUGUUCGGCCAGUGCUUGGAGGAAAUGCGGAAAAUGGAUGUAGAUGUCCGAGGCAGCGACUCAGAAGAUCUCCAUCACUUGAGUGUUAAUGAUUUGGCCUUGAUCAUGUUGAUGGAUGGUUGUUUCAUCAUCCAUGUCUUGCUCGAGUUUAAUAAAGACAAGGACUGGGAGAACAUUGCCAACAUGGUAAGUUUGCGCAAAAAUAAUGAUAAUAUUGAUGAUGGUCAGGAGGAGGAAGAGGACAUUGCUGCUGGACAUGAAGAAGACAUGGUGGUGUUGGACAUUAUGGGAGAAAAAUUGAUAGAUUUGAGAGUGGUUGCUGUAUGGAAUGUAUGGGGAAAGAUGCUGUAUGAUUUGGUGAAGGUUGAGAACCAAAUCCCUUUUACCAUUAUAUAGACACUCUUCAGCAAGCUUAAGACUUCUGGAGAUGAAGGCAUCAAUCUAGUCGAGAUUGCACAUCUGGCUUUAAGUGGUAUCCAUCCAUCACCUCUCCCAAGCUUGGCUAGCUUCUGCCUCUGCAAGU